UUCAGGUGUGCCUCAUCAGGUGUGCCUCUUCACAGAGAGUGACAUCACCGCGGAUCAGCGCGUGAGGACGGUCAGUGAGACAGGAUGCUGUCUGUCUGUCUGCUGUCAGUGUGUCUGUUCACCGCUCACUCAGCUUUCAGCUCUAAUCUGACCCACAAUCGGCUGAAUGUGACUUUAAAUGAAACUCUGCAGGAUCAUGAGUUUUUCUCUGGAAGGUUUGGAUUCAGAAACCUGUCGGGGGUGCGGUCCUUCAGUCCAGAACAGGAGCCGGAGUCCAGGAUCAUCGGGGGUCAGGAGGCCUGGUCUAACUCCUGGCCCUGGCAGGUUUCCCUCCACUUCGCCUCCAUGCCGGCCUGCGGAGGAGCCAUCAUCGGACCGACGUGGGCCAUCUCUGCUGCUCACUGCUUCAAAAGGUACAAUAAAGCUUCCUACUGGACGGUUCUGGCUGGAAAACACGACCUGGAUCGUCCUCAAGAACCCCGACAACAACUGGUUGGAGUCUCCCUGAUCAUCAGCCAUCCGAGCUACAAACCCCGGACCAAAGAGAACGACGUGGCUCUGCUGAGGCUGCAGAAGCUGCUGGUCUUCAACCGGUUUGUCCGGCCCAUCGACGUCUGGAUGGAUCCGCUGCCCCCCUUCAGGAAGUGCACCAUCACCGGCUGGGGCGCCACCCGAGAGAAUGGAGCUCGAGUAAACCGGCUGCAGGAGGUGAACGUGACCAUCCUGCCCCCUGCAUCAUGUGACCAGUACUACGUUGGGAGGAUGCAACCCUCCAUGUUCUGUGCUGGGAGGGACUCAGGAGGAACGGACGCCUGCCAGGGGGACUCUGGAGGUCCUCUGUCCUGCUUCACAGGCAGCAGAUACGAGCUGGCGGGUUUGGUGAGUUGGGGGGUCGGUUGUGGUCGAGCAAGAAGACCAGGAGUCUACACCAAAAUCCAAGAACACACUCAGUGGAUCUCCAACAUCAUGAAUCAGGACGUCAUCAAUGUAGAAGACGUCACUUCUGAAGAGAACAGGUGUGGUACUCAGCAGAGCCCCAGCUGUGAGAAGCUUCCAGGCCUCGCUGCUCUCUCCGUGUCCCAGAACGGUGCAGUGUCUGUGGGGAACCUGACAGAGUCCUGCCCCUUCUUCUGGCCCUGGAUGGUCAGCCUGCAGUCCAACGGACGCCACUACUGCAGCGGAGCGUUGAUCCACCACCGCUGGGUCCUCACGGCACGGCACUGCAACGUCAGAGCUAAAGAGGACAUGGUGGUUCUGGGAGUUCAUGACCUCCGGUUCUCCUCGUCUCAAACCGUCCCGGUGGACAAGGUCGUCGAUCUGCCUCAGGACAGCAGCUUCCCCCCGACCUCUGACCUGUCGCUGCUCCGCCUCAGUGUUCCCGCCAGAUUCAGCUCUGAUGUGUCUCAAGUCUGUGUCCCUGAUGAGGAUGAGGACGAGGACCUGGAUGAUAGCUGGUCCUGUGUGACGACGGGCUGGGGAGCCUCCAAAGGUGACGUGGAUCCAGAGCGGCUGCACCACGUCGGACUGACUCUGGUUAACCGGACCACCUGCAGGGAGAAGUGGGGGGGCGGACUCGUCACAGACUCCCACAUCUGUUCACAUCCUGCAGGCUCCACCUCCUGCAUGGGCGACUCUGGAGCUCCGCUGUUGUGUCGGAAACGUGGCGCCUACUUCCUGUUUGGCGUGGUCACAUGGGGCAGCCAGCGGUGUGAUGCAGACAAACCGGCCGUCUUCUCCAGAAUCUCUGAUUAUCACCUGUGGAUCAGUGAGGUGACUGAAGACGUCUGAAUGUGUCUGAUAGAAAAUAAACUGUUAAUCUGGAAGCUGUUUGACCUCUGAGCUCCUUAGACUGGCGGGGGGACUC